CAAACCUGUUCGCAGUGCAAGUUGUUGAUUUCUUGUGUGAUGUAUUUUACGUGUUCUCGUUAAAAGUGAACUAAACAAGAAAAUGGCACAAAUGAUGGCAGUGACUCUGCUUACUCGAGCAAUAGAGUAUGACGUCGUGGGUCGUAAGCUGGAAGCGCUCAAACUGUACGAAGACGGAAUUGAGGCCCUACUCAAAGAAUCCAAAGCUGAAACAGAUCCAAAAAAGAAGCAACAUUUCCAGGCGAAAAUUGUUGAAUAUAUGAACCGCGCCGAGCAAGUGAAAGAGCUCGUGACACGGUGGAAAAGUAAAGGCGUUAUCAGUGACAAAAUUCACAUCGUCGAAGGUGCGACUGGGUAUAGCUACAGUCGAUUAUUUGGGAAAUACUUCAACGAUGACAUCCGGGAGAUAUUGAUCGAGGAACCGUACGUACGCGACCACUAUCAGAUCUGCAAUGUUGUAAUGUUUUGCGAGCUGGCUGUCAGCAGUUGCCGGAACGUGAAAUACAUUCAGUUGUUGACCGUUAAGGACAGCAAGAACAAUGACGAACAGGGACGUGCCUUCGAAACUCUCAAAGAAAGUCUACAAAAACAUGCUGUAAAGUUUGUAGUCGAAUAUUCCGAACACAUGCACGACCGUCAAGUGAUAUUGAGCAAUGGCUAUGUCGUCAAGAUUGGCCGCGGACUCAACUACUUCAAACCAUCUCCUAGUCGGUACCAUCUUGGCGCGUUUAACUUCCACUUCCGCGAGUGCCGGGAAACGAACGUGGAUGUCUUCUAUUGUCCGGAGAACAAUAAAUCAUGAAUUCUUGCAAAACGCGUCGAAAAUUUAAUGACUAACGAAACGAAAAUAAAACUGACAAACAGAA